AUGUCUGUCUUUGCACCAAGAUUCUACAAUGAGCCCAGCUUCAACGGGCUAUUCCGGCUGCUUGACGACUUCGACAAGUACUCCUCUCAAUCGUCCACAGACGACAGAGUAGGCCGUCGUCAGCAUCUACCAACAUUCACUCCCAAAUUCGACCUGAAGGAAACCGAGACGACUUACGAGCUUCACGGCGAUCUUCCAGGCAUCAACAAGGACGACGUGCACCUUGAGUUCACCAACGACCACACACUGCGCAUCUCCGGCAAGGUGGAGCGGUCUUACACCAGUGGGGACGAAGAGACUUCCAAUCCCAAAGAGGGAGUAGUCGCUACGGAGGAGAAGGAGAAACCCACUGAGGUCGCCAAGACAUCCGACGCAGACAAGCAAGUGUCUGCAACUCCCAAGACCAAGUACUGGGUGUCCGAGCGUAGCAUUGGCGAAUUCUCACGCUCGUUCAGCUUCCCCACUCAUGUCAACCCUGAGGCCAUCUCGGCCAAGUUGGAGCAUGGUGUUCUGAACGUGGUCGUCCCGAAGGCCAACAAGCCUGAAGGCCGACGCAUUGCAAUCCAGUAA